GAGGUGUAAGGUUUUCUCGUACAUCUCGUCUGUGUAUUUAUAUAACUUGCAAUGUUUAUAACUAUGUUUAUAAACUCACAAUGGAAUGAAUAAUCGAUGAAUGUUAACAAUGAAAUCUUCAUUAUCAACUGUACAAGAGUAAAUGGCACAGGUAGUACUUCGUACAGUCAACGUGCGGUUCGUGACAAGCAGAAUAAGGUGAACUACAAAUAGAAGUAAUAUUCAGCAAAGAUGUGAGUAAUCUGCCUCGUUGCGACCAAUAUGUGAGUGAGGAUUCAUAAGUUUGCAGCUGUUAGGAAUAAGUGCACUUCAAUUUGAAGAGUGGGACAAAAGUCGCGAAAAACGAAGGUACGGCAGGAUGCUUUGUUUAUGGAGAUCAGCUGUGUUACCAAACAUUCGUAUCGCUUUCGCUGCUGCGUCUACGACGCUUCUAUUUUCGGCGAAUAAAGAUGCUUAUAGAGCAACCAUCAACCGGUAGUUAAUUAAUCUUAAUGACAUGAAAGAAUGAAACGAGAAACUGUCAUUACCUGUGUAGAGCCAAACCGACGAGCAAAAACAAUGACAACGGUAUUGGAUGGCAGCUAUCAACGCAUGGAGCCAUAUGAAGGUGAGGAGGAAGAGGGGGAAGAUGACGAUCAUGAAGAAACACCUCAGGAGUCUGGUGUUAUGAUUCAUGUAGUACCAGAAGGGAACAAAGCUAGAUGGAAUCACAUAGAGGAUCUGGAUUCUUUUUUUACAAGAAUGUACCAUUAUCACCAAAAGCAUGGAUUCCUCUGUAUGAUGUUACAAGAAAUGCUGGAAUUAGGACAAUUCAUUUUUGUAGUUACAUUUUCAACUUUUCUCUUUCAUUGCAUCGAUUACUCCGUGCUAUUUAAGAAUAAAGUAACCAAUAGCACCUCGCACAAAACGUCGAUAAGCGACGCCAUAUUAUCAACUAGCGAGUGUACAGCGUCUAUGAAUGUGAUCACAUGGACUUGUAUUUUAGUAGCCGCAAUAUUUUGGAUCUUACGUUUGGUGAAAGUUUUGUACCAUCUCACGCAAUUUUGGGAUAUAAAGCAAUUUUUUAAUACCGCUCUCAAAAUCGAUGAUUGCGAUUUAGAUAAUUUGACCUGGCACGAAGUUCAAAAACGUGUCAGAGAAGUACAGAAAGAACAAGAAAUGUGUAUUCACAAAAGAGAGCUUACCGAAUUAGAUAUGUACCAUAGAAUAUUAAGAUUUAAAAAUUACAUGGUGGCUAUGAUUAAUAAAUCCUUGCUACCUGUACGACUCAAAGUCCCUAUUAUUGGAGAAGUUAUUUUCAUGACAAGAGGAUUAAAAUACAAUAUGGAAUUACUUCUAUUUUGGGGCCCGUGGUCUCCGUUUGAAAACAAUUGGCACCUCAAAGGAGAUUACAAAAAGCUGAACAAAAGACAGGAACUUGCAAGAACGCUGUCCAAACAUAUCUUAUGGGUUGGAAUAGCGAACUUCCUAUUUUGUCCAUUAAUUCUACUGUGGCAGAUACUUUAUUCCUUUUUUAAUUACGGAGAGAUCAUCAAGCGAGAGCCAGGAACUCUAGGUUCGAGAACGUGGUCUUUGUAUGGUAGAUUGUAUCUUCGACACUUCAAUGAACUCGAUCAUGAAUUGAACGCGCGGUUAAAUCGUGCGUACCGUCCAGCUUCAAAAUACAUGAGUAUAUUUACAUCCCCUAUUAUGACUGUUAUUGCAAAGAACGUUACUUUCGUGGCUGGAAGUAUAUUAGCAGUUUUAUUAAUGUUGACUGUAUAUGAUGAAGAUGUGCUAACAGUGGAACACGUGUUGACUACCAUGACCAUACUAGGUGCAAUGGUCGCAGGAGCAAGGGCAUUUAUACCCGAUGAAAAUUUAGUUUGGUGUCCAGAGACUCUUUUAACCGCUGUCCUAGCGCAUACACACUAUAGACCGGAUAGCUGGCGUGGCCAUGCUCAUACUCAAACCACGAGAGCGCAAGUGGCACAACUGUUUCAGUAUCGUGCAGUUCAUCUUUUAGAAGAAUUAAUUUCUCCUCUACUUACACCAUUCAUUUUAUGCUUCCAUAUGAGGCAGCGGGCCAUAGAUAUCGUCGAUUUUUAUCGAAACUUUACGAUCGAAGUUACAGGAGUAGGCGACGUUUGUAGCUUCGCGCAAAUGGACGUGCGAAAACACGGAAAUCCAAUGUGGCAAACAGUGACACAAAGCCCUGUCGAAGAUCACAGUACCGGAUAUGAUAAUCGGUAUGGCGUAGACCCGGAAACACUUCAUAUUCCUACGUCAAAUCAGUACACGCAAGCAGAAGACGGAAAAACAGAAUUAUCCCUGAUACAUUUUACUUUAACAAAUCCCGAGUGGGAACUGCCGAAUCACGCUGAAAAUUUUAUAUUCGCUUUAAGAGAAAGAGCUAAGAAAGACGGGAGUAGUGUAAUAAAUCCCUUUUUGUCAAGUUUAAGUAGGUUGUCUGGUCUGGGACCUGGUUACAAUGACAUAGUAUCGAACACCAUUCGAAGCACAAUGGUGAAUCAAUUAAGCAUGCCAAAUGCGAACAACGUAUUCGCGAAUCAACCUGGUACUUCGACUGCUUCGGUUGCGGCACAUAACUCGUUGAAUACCAAGUCGGACUUUUUAUCGCAUGCGGUUCGACGUAAUUUAAGGAAAGCAGAGGGUCCAGCAUACAAUGAUAAAGGAUUUUUUUUUGGAUUGCAACAAGGAAUAUCCAAUCAAUCGCUAGGUGCUUCUGUCUUUGGAUCAGGCUACGAAUUGUCUACAGAUUUGUCUGUACCAGUGGAAUUUACUGCUGCCGAUAUAUCUUUGUCUACGUUGUACCUGCAUGAACUUCAUCACAUACAAAUUAAAAGGAGAGGCUAUCAAGACGUGGCCACGAGAAGUAUAUGGCAACGAAGCCCUGUUCAAGAGCUUGCUACGCUUCCCGAAGUCAGACAAGAAAGAGCUCCGUUGCUGUUACAUCAAGACUGCUCUAUAAGAAACAGUCAAUAAUCGAAAUAUUACUUGAACGCUCAUUUGAAUGGCAUCUGAAUAAUUCGUGCAGUGAUAUCAUCACCUUUAAGAGAAUAAAAUGUUUUUAUCCGCUUUACAAUUAUAUGACGACCUCGUGAUUUAUUUUACUAUCAAGAGUAUAGCACCAACGUUUAAGAAUCUGUGUUAUCGAUGUAAAUACAAUAUCGAAAUGUUGCUUGACUAGACUCGCGUAGAACGGUCAGCUAUUUCGAAGAAUGCCUAUUCUAACGUCGACGGCCUAAAUACAAAUAUAUUUUAUGCGAGAAACGUCUACGUUUAUGAGCAAAAAAUUCUCAGAAUAUUGGUUUUGGAUAACGUUAGCAUUAGCACUAUGGAAACCAUCUAUCGUAAAAAUCGAAACUAAUCCUUCCUGCCUGAAAUUUACAAUGCAAAAUUGCUUUCUUUCGAAACGUUAUUUAUGCGUUGCAAAAGGUGAACGAGCUAUGUAAAUUUUAUAGGGCACAACUGAAAAGGGAUAUUCUUGCGUUUAAUUGUAAAAUACGAAUCUUUAUAUAUGGUAAUGUCAACUUUAGUUUCCAACGCCACGAUUUUCUAGUCAUGAAAUUAAUCGCGCGCCAUAGCAUAAACGAUUAUUUAUUUGUUAAAUGUAAUUACUCGAUAAACACGGUGGAUGGACGUUAACAGUUAAGGCACGCGAGAAAUCGUCUGUACAUACGCGAAUUUCCAUAUUCUUCACACUAACAUGGUGCAGCUAGCGACCUCGAGAGCAAAUUUUAUUCUACUUGAAAAACUUGCGAAUUAUCACGAGGCAUAAGUUAGGAACGAUUUAGCUCGUGUUUAUUCUUUGUUAUACGCAACUUUCGUUGUGCAAUAACUCGUAUAAUUGCCGAUUUUUAUCGGCAUUAAGCGACUACGACUCAUACCUUAAUGAUUUUUAAACAAAGUAACGCGUAACAAAAAUAAAUAAGAACCUAGUUUUUGCUAGGAAAAUCUUGUAUCUACAUGAUUCUAUGAAGAGGACUAUUAUUAUUAUUAAUAAUA